AUGAUAAUAUUAUUUUGUUUGCUUGUCGUGACUAGUUUGGCAAGUAGUGAUAACAGUAGUCAGGAUGAGGGUUUUAGAACGAUUGCUGCUUACAACUUUAAUCAUCCUCCAAAUGUGGACUAUAACCCACUACCAGUCGAUGUAGUUUAUGAACAAAAAAAGCUUGAAGAAAAAUCAAGCGAUGACGUCAUCACAACAACCGAAUAUUACGAAGAAAUAAUUGAUGAUUCUGAAAUCACUAAAGAAGACACCAGUACAGAAAGCUUUAAUUCCAAAACAGAGCUGAAACCAAAAGGGCGCUCUUUAUUUGAUGGUACAGUUCAAUCAGUAACAGUUGCAAAUGCAUUUAAAGUCCAAGUUGAUGAUACAAUUGUUGGAAAAAACAAGAUUGUGACUAGGAAACCUUCAAAAGGUAGACGCCGUCAACAACAAGAAACCAUAGGGCCCUUGAAGUCGAUACCAAGUAGUUCCACUGUUAAACCUUUUACGACAACUCCAUCACAAAAUGAAAGAAUUUCUUUGUUACCUGUCCAGGAAAAUCAAAGAAAUAUUAACAAAAGAACACGUGAACGUGAUCCAGUUGUCCCUAUAAUAGAAUCAGAAAACUACAUUUACUCUCACAAGGGUGAUUUCCACUACAGCUACGAAGGUGGAGAUGGUACUAAAGCUUUUGAGCAAGGCGAACUAAGAAGGUUUGAUGAUGAUACUGCAGGAGAAGCUGUUUCUGGAAGUUUCUCUUAUAAAGACAGGGAUGGCAACGAUUUUAGUUUAUCGUACACAGCUGAUGAGAACGGUUACAGGCCUGUGGGCGCCCACUUGCCAACUCCACCUCCCAUACCCCCGGCGAUCGCCCGUGCUUUACAGUACUUAGCUACAAAACCAACGGAAUCGGCCACUGAAAUUUAUUAUUGA